AUGUCUGUCCGCUGGUAUCCCGUGCAAUACUGCGUAGCCAGGCAUCAUUGGCGUUUCUCCUCUGCACCAGCUGAAGCGCUUCAUCAACUUGGUGUCUGGCAUGAAGUCAGUAAUGGGCCCGCGAUUCGGUUUCAACGGCCUUCACACCUCCCACAUCUUCUCUGCCGGUCAAAUUGCCCGUCUGCACCAACGCCGGUGACGCCAUCGACAACCAAGCGACAAGAGCAGCCGUUCCAGGGCCAUCUCAUUGCUCGCGCCGGCCGCAUUCCGCCAAGUCUGUUCAGACCAUCCAGACUUGGUGGAGAGAGUCUCCACCAAUUGGCGAUGUACCAAUACUCGUACCGCUCUCGCUCCGCACAUGAGCUGCAAAGUCUCGUCCUGGACGUCGAUGAGCUUUCAUCAUCGUGA